AAUGAGUAUAUCAACAUAAAUAAAUCGGUGGGAAUGUCAUCAUAGAUUUCUUCAAUAUACUUCAGCUCUGCAAAAAGAAAAUAUGUAAACAUUUGGUGAAUUUCUUCAGUUAUUGAUUGUUUCGUAGAGAAGAUAUAUAUUUUUUAAGAAAGACCAAGUCCAUAAAGGCUGUCCUAAAUGUCAAGGAAAUUGUCACUUAUUGUCAAGACAUGUUUCAUUACUGUGUAAUUGUUUACUGAUGAGUAUUUUAUUGUUAACACCUCAAACCAGGAAUAAACAGUGAAGCCAAGGAAUCACUAUAAUAUUCUUGGAUGAAAGAUCAUUGCUGAGUAGUGAAAUAGAUAAUAAGAGUGUGAGGUCAGUUCAAUGGACUACAUCUAAGAUUCAUUCAUUCUCUUUGUUUGGACAAAGGACAAUGGACAGGAAGUCUAGCUUGCACACUUACAACAUGUGCUCAGGGAAGACCAGGUGAACAGAUCAGAUAUCACUGUGUGAAUACCUCUUGAAUCAAAACAUUCAUGAAGGUAAAAUCAAAGUCAUUUCAUUCAUGAUCAUGUACCAAUGUAGGAGCAUUCUGAGAAAGUAGUGAAUUAGGUGUGGACAUUUUAAUAUUGACGUGAUAAGUUGUUUAUACACUUACAAUAAUAAGAUUGUUUUCUUAAUGAAGGAUCGUAUUUAUCGUAAGAAGGACACAUUGGUGGUUUUUAUGUAAUAACCACACUUCCUAUUGUUUCAGGUGUGCUCGUGACACAUUUUGUUUUUUCGUUUAUAUCAUAGACGCAUAAUUUAAUUUAGUGAACAAUGGAGGAAGAAGUAGUCGUUCAAGCCGUCGGGGCAAAAAGGGAAGUAGUUAGCAUAAUUAACGCUGUAAGUUUUGAUUUAAAACAUUUUUAUCCUUCAUAUACUGCAACUGUUUCUUCUUGUAAGAGAUGUUUAAAGGAACGUUCUAAAGGGAACAAUAGAUGGCGACAAAAGCCAAAGAAGAGGGAAAAAUUUAACAAAUCAAAUACACCAAUUGUUAUUCCAUUGAAAGACACUUUGAAAGCUGCUCUGAACAGAAAACAAAGAUCUCUUGCUGACACAUUGCUCAGGGCUAAGAAGGACACAACUGAUACUGACAGUAAAAGUUCAGAGAGUGAUGCUCAAGAAGAAAUAAUUAGUCCCAAAGAAAUUAAAACAAAGAAGGAUGUUAAAAAUCUUAGUGCCUUGAUCUCAGUUUUAGAAAAAUCUCAUCAGAAAGACACUUAUAGUGCUACUACAAAUUUAGUAAAAAAUUCCAAAAAAUCCUAUUCAAAAUUUGUUGCGAAUUAUGUGUUGAAUAAUUCUUAUUUAUUGCCUGACAGUAAUGAUAAGCCUCGUAGUAUUGGGGAAUGUGACAAUGUUGACUUGAUAUGCAAUGAUUUGAAUUCAAGUGAGAAAAGUUCAGUUACUGAAGAAUCGGAAAGUGACAAUGGCUCUGUUGUUUCUAGUUCUGAAAUCCAGUCUGAUUCUGAUUUGUCAAGUACUCAUCAGGAAACUACAGAAUCUGAAUUUACAAAAGAAGAGCUCGAACAGCUGGCUAGAUAUACUACAGGUUGUCCGUUGAUACGUUACGAUUGUCCCCCUGCAGACUGUCCACAAUGUCAAUCUGAUCUGUACCAGCUACAGUACUAUUGUAAUACAUUAGAAGAAGACUCUAAGUCCAAGGAUGUUCAUGAAGUUAAGACAUCAGAGAUUUCACAAGAACAACAGGAACAGGCUGAAUGUAGUGCUGAAGUUACUUCUUUAAAUACUAGUACUCCAGAAUUCCAAGUCAACUCCACCGACAGUGCCCUUUCUGGCAAGCGAAAUCCACCGAAUGAUAACACUUUAUCAAAAGACAAGAAUGCACAAACUAAGAAACAACUUCUUGAUAUUGACAUUGCAAAGAAAGAAAACAAGUCUGGUACCUACCUUUAUCCAGACAGUGUUUUCAUAGAUCUCACAGACACUGAUGUUACUUUUACUGUCUAUUACAAUCAUAACUAUCCGUUUGGUAACCAAACCAACGAUUUCUCCUAUGCAAAUUCUCAAUCUACAUAUCCAUUAAUGUCGUAUUCAAGCACAACGAUGUCCUACAUGGCCAUGUCACCAUACUGGUACUGGCCAUACUUGUACCCACCCAUGUACAACCUAUCAGCACCGCUCUACAUGGCUACUGAUACCAGCUGCAUUCCUAAAACCCUGAUGAUUCCACCAGAAGAACUUCGUUCCUUCAAUAGUACAGCACCACCAGAAAGGCAAUGGAUGUUUCUGUCACCACCUGACAAGACCAAAGCAACAGCUACAUUCACUGUGAUGUGCUAUAAUGUCUUGUGUGAUAAGUAUUGUACCAGACAACUGUACGGGUAUUGUCCAUCAUGGGCCCUCAACUGGGAUUUCCGUAAAAAAGGCAUCAUGGAUGAGAUCAAGCAUUAUAUGGCUGACAUCAUAUGUCUACAGGAAGUAGAGACAGAUCAGUUUUACAACUUCUUCCUUCCAGAUCUCAAGGCCAUUGGAUAUGAUGGAAUAUUCUCAGCUAAGUCCAGAGCCAGAACCAUGACAGAAUCUGAGAGAAAACACGUUGAUGGAUGUGCCAUAUUCUAUAGAACUAACAAAUUUACACUGAUUAAAGAACAUUUGAUAGAAUUUAACAAGUUGGCAAUGGCAAACGCUGAAGGUUCCGAUGACAUGCUGAAUCGUGUAAUGACGAAGGAUAACAUCGGCAUGGCAGCACUGUUAGAAACAAAGGAAGGAGCUUAUGAGAAUGUACCACCUCAAGAAAGUCAAGUCCGUCAACCUGUAAUGAUAUCAACUGCUCAUAUUCACUGGGAUCCAGAAUUUUCAGAUGUGAAACUUAUACAGACAAUGAUGUUAGUCAAUGAACUGAAGAAAAUAACCGAAGAAACAAUCCAAAGCUACAAACUGGGAACCUCAGAUGUUAAUACCAUACCACUCAUCAUGUGUGGUGAUCUCAACUCUCUCCCUGACUCAGGUGUAGUGGAAUAUCUUGUUUCUGGAAAAGUUGCAAGCAAUCAUGAAGAUUUCAAAGAAAUCAGCUAUGAAGAAAUUCUUCACCGAAUAUGUGUGAAAAAUGAAAAAGAAAUUCUUUCUCAUGAUUUCCGCCUAUCCAAAGCUUACGACGAUAUCAUGCCUUUUACAAACUACACGUACGACUUCAAAGGUGUCAUUGACUAUGUUUUCUAUUCACGGGAACACUUCAAUCUACUGGGAUUACUUGGUCCACUAGAUGAGGGAUGGUUUCGUCAGAACAAAGUUGUAGGCUGUCCACAUCCACAUAUUCCAUCAGAUCAUUUCUCAUUGCUUGUGGAUUUUGAAAUGUCGUUACCAUUUCCAAGUGGUAGGACUGCCAAUGGUCCAGUUAGCCAUAGAUAGUGCCUAUAGAUAACAACACUAACAAUGUCAUUAGCCAAAUUUGAUUCAUAACAGUCACGUUUUUCACAUUUUUGUAUCAUACUGAAUCAAUUGUACAGAAAUUUUUAAGAAUCUAUUUAUGUAAUUUAUUUGGUCUCAAUUUUUUUAUAAAUUUCAUCACAUAUUUGUGAAAUUAUUAUAACAAAUGUGAUAUCUUGAUCAAUUUGAUCAGAAAUUUUAAGUCUGCCAGCCAAUAGAGCCUUCAGGUGAUUCACAUAACGGUAAUAUAUGAGAUCAUGUAAAGAUAGGAGGAGAAAAGUAUUUUUAUACCAGCUUUUUCCUUAAAAUUUAGAUCAAGGUGAAAUUGAUAACAAAUCAAGUAUAAGAGGUGACAUUUCUUAAAACUUCAAAAGGAAAAUUGCAGCUUUGUAAAAUUGAAAUUCAGUUUUAACACUGCCUCUACAGGACUUUGUUAUGUAAUAAUGAAUUUUACUAUGUAAAUUGAUGUAUUAAUUUUGUAUUAACAUAAUUCUUACUCUCUCAAAUGAUUGAUCUUUGUAUUUUUGGAAGCAUUAGGGGUUAUGGGAAAUUUUUCAUAACUUUGUUUCCUUUGGGUUUUUUUUUUAAAAGAGAGAGAUAGCAUUUUUCCUAUUAUGGAAUAUUUUUUGCUUUAAUUCAUGAAAAUUAGAGUUGAAUUUUGUUACAUAAACUUAUUUGCCUUAAUUUUAUGUAUUAUAGAUUCUGUUUGUUGGAUAAUUUUAACACUAAUAUUAUUGGCAUAUAUUUCCUUGUUAUCCUGUAAUAUUUAAGCAUUUGAAAGAUAAUAAUGUAAAUUACAUAAUUCAUUUAAACUAAAAAUACGAUUACUAUUGAUUGAUGUAAGCAUUUAGAUGAGGCCAUUGAUAAAACAUACAGGAAUUAUUUUUUUCUCUGAAACAGUUAUAUAAAGCAUUAGGACCACCAGAUUAAAAUAAAAUUACCAAAAAACUUUAAAUUUAUUAUUGUGGGUGGCAGGUCCACAUUUGUUGUUUUUAACCAUCUAAAGAUUGUACAUAGAGGUUUCAUGUAAUCACAUUAUCACAUUAUGGGCAGCUAUCCCUCGUCACAAGGAUAUCAUGUUAAUCUAUUCAUUCUUGUGCUAUUUCACGGUUUCUGACAAAAAUAAAUUUUAAUAAUUUUCUAUUACCAAAUUGAACCUUUUGGGGUAUAUCAAUGUCAAUUUAUUGAGCUGUUUUAUAUCUGAGUUAUAUUUACUGAUUAAUACAUGCAUUACAAACUGGUUAGAUUCAUGUGAUUUAAACUUAGUUGUAUGGUUAACAUAUGUGAAUAAUUACGAUAAUGAAAAUAAUUAAAUAUGCAUAUAUUGAUAUGAAAUAUGUUUAGUUUUGACUAUGUCUAUAAUUUGUCAAUAUGAAGAGCAUCUUAGUUUGAACAAUAGCUUUGUACAAAAACUGAAUAAGUGAUCUAUUAACUUAUCCGACCGAUUGGGAUUUGUUUGUAAUAUCUAUAUAUCAGCAUAUGAGGGUGUUCCUUUAUAUUUAAAAGUUAAAAAAAAAGUGAAUUUAAUUAUGUUGGUUUGAAGUGAUUAAAAUUUGGUUGUCAAGUAACUACAGUAUAACCAUGUGUUUGUAUUGGUGUAAAUUAUUUUUAAAAAGGCUUAAUUCUGUUUACAACAAAGUUAUUUUAAGAGAUUGAAGUUUUAUCUGGCAUUAGCAAAGUAUGUCCAAAAUACAGCAAUUCCUUAACUCAUUCAGGAAAGUGAUUCUCCUAUACAGAUGGAAGAUAUAUUUUGUCCAACCAUAAUCCUUUUAUAAGCCCAACUUUCAGAUACUUUGCAUUUUGGAGCCAGGAAAAAAUCUUGCUGUUAAUUUAUACAAAAACUUUUUUUAUUUUUUACAAUUUUUAUUUGGGAAAAUACAUAAUUGAUAAAAAAACACCAUAAUCUGAAUUUUUAUUUGAAAAGCAAAAGGAGAAAAAAUACCUAAUAGACCUUUUCAUGAUAAUACAAGAACAUGCUUUUAAGAUGUUGUUGAAGGCAAACAUGAAAAUACUGUUAAUUCAUUUUUUUAAAGGAAAACAUAGUACUUUGCUAACCAUUGCAUUUUCUAAGCAUGCCUACAUAUUAUGAGUGGGUCUCUUGUUUCAAAAGGGUUAUAUAGAGUGAAAUAAAUCAAUCUGCAGAUUCUUGUGAUUGAAUUCAUUAAUGAUGCUGAUCAGUUCUGUCAGAUUAUCUUGUGAAAAUAGUAAAAUCAAACAAUAUUGUAUAUAUUGGCCUUGUUUAAGUAAAUAUUUGAUCUGCUUUUGAGAAUUGAGCCUUUUUAGAAGAUUGACCAAUAGCUUGUAUUAUAUAGUGUGUAUAUUAUUGUUGCUUCGCUUGAUUGGUAAUUUUUUCAGUUUUAUUAUGUACGGGGCCAACGUCUGAUAAAAUAUAAGUUCUUUGAAGGGAAAAUUGAUAAUUAGCACCAAGUUUUUAUGGAGAGUUUUCAUUAAAUCAUUCUCUGUGGAUAUGUGCGGUAUGUUUUAACAACAAAGUAUCAUGAAAAACAUCGCAAAUAAUUUUUUAUGAGAUAAAUAGAUCAUGAAUCAAAGCUCAUAAAUAAUCAACCAAAGCAGGGAAUUAUUGUAUAUUGUUGUAUGUUUUGUGUUAAACACAUAUUUAUUACGAUCUGAGUUGUGCAUGCUUUUUAUGUUUGGUGUGUGGAAGUGCUUUUAAUUUUGCAGUAUUACCCAUUUGAUUCCAUUUUACAUCACCAAGUGACCUCAUAUACCUGUUUUCUUAAUAAAUAAAAAAUAGUAUAUUGAAAGUAUUUGUGUCUUUCACAUAUCAGAAAAAAAACUGAAAGAAGAAAUGAAAAGAAAAAUUUAUAUCUACCACAUAUCAGAAAAAAUUAGUAGAAACAAAUAUUAAAAAUUCCUAGUACAGAUUAUGAGGUCACUACUACCACAACUUAAAACUAUAUAUUUGUACUUUUCACAAACUUACUAAAUGGCAUUGAACUCUUGGUCAGUAUUUAUGCUUAAUUUCAUGCAGACAACAUUUUAUUGCUACUCACAUUUUGUUAUCGAAGGAUUAUUUUAUUCAAUCAAUGGAGAUCUUGGCUUUCUGAAAUAAGAACAUAUGAGAUUUCAUUUUAAAGAAAUCAGUGAAUGACCAGUUUGAUUAUUCUUGUUUUGCCAGAUAAAUGCUAGUCAACACAAAAAAACCUGCAAAAUAAAUAUUUAUUUAUUGCAAUAUUUUGACUAAAAUCAUCUUUUCCAUGCUAAAUUAAAGUUAAAGAUAAAAUCAUAACUUGUCUUGCCUUAUUUCUUUUAUAAAGAAAUUUAAACGAAGAACCAAAAUUUGUGUAGCAAUAACGCGAUACUUCAGGAGGUUCAUGAUGGUUAAUCACCACUUUAUAUGUUGUCAUUAUUACAUUCCUAAAGGAAACACAUUUGGAAAUACUCCUGUUGCAUUUAGGAUUAAAUAUGUCUUUUGUAUAUUGUGUUAAAAUCUCAAGGAAAUAAAAUCUUUGUAAUAAAUAUUUUAAUAUG